AUGCGUUACUCCUACACUCUUCUGGCAUUCGCUGCCACAGCUUUAGCCCUUCCCACUGCCAAGAACGACGACGGCUCAUGGAGCCCUGGCAAAUACGAGGGCGGUAACACUGGCUAUGACAAUGGCAAGUGGGCUCCCGGCAAGUAUGAGGGAGGCAACACAGGAUACGACGAUGGCCAAUACUACCCUGGCAAGUACGGCAAGAAGGCCAAGCGCUACGAUGAUGGUACUUGGUACCCUGGCAAGUAUGAGGGUAAGCCUCAGACACCUUAUGACGAUGGCAAAUGGUACCCUGGCAAGUACCCCGGUGCGAAGGAGAAGCGUAACGACAACGGCAAUUGGUAUCCCGGCAAAUAUGAAGGCAAGCCUCAAACUCCCUACGACGACGGCAAGUGGUACCCAGGAAAGUAUCCUGGUGCCAAGGAGAAGCGCGCAGAUGACGGAACUUGGUAUCCUGGAAAGUACGAGGGAAAGCCCCAGACUCCCUAUGAUGAUGGAAAGUGGUACCCCGGAAAGUACCCUGGUGCUAAGGAGAAGCGUGAGGAUGAUGGUAGCUGGUACCCUGGCAAGUAUGAGGGUGGCCACACUGGCUACGACAAUGGCAAGUGGGAAGGCGGCAAGUAUGAAGGCGGCAACACUGGCUAUGAUAAUGGCAAGUGGUACCCUGGAAAGUACCCUGGCAAGGAGUAA